CAAAUCUGAUCUUCAUCAACCCAAAAACCUCCCAUAUUCCAAUUCCCUCCUAAAUUUGAUCUCUCCUUUCUUUAUUCAAAUCCAAUAUUUAUUGGUGUGUACUUUUAUUGGGAAUCGUCCCCCUCCAAGGAACAGGAUAGACGAUCAAGACGACACUUAGCCUUCGGAAUCUGACCUAAACGACUUUUGGCCAAUGCCGAGGAACCUUUUUGUAGGAAGGGCGGAAGGGGAACAAUUGAGUGGUUCAGACGAUGACAGAACACCAACUAGAUACACAACACAACCUGAAGAGCAGUUCCAAAUUCCAACAGGAACAAGGCAGAGGCACCUCAUGCAUAAUACAUCACAACGUGGAAAACCCAUGGAAUCUAUUUGGACAUCCAAGCUGGAAGAAAGUACUAGGGUCUUAGAAAUGGCCAUGGGAAGAAUUCUCUCCCGCCUGAUUCCUGAUGACCUCUUAGUUCCUUUGUUGACUAAGGGUGAUUGGCCUGCAGAAGUUGCAACCCACAAUUCUCCAGCCUUGAGCAAUGUAGUAGUGCUGACCAAGCCAAGGGGAAGUGGGAAGUCUAAUCUUGAGCCCAGCUUGUCAAAACAUAGCAAAGAAUUGAUGAGGAAAAAUGCAGAACUUGAAAAGCAACUCAAAGACAUACAGAAGUCUGUUAACGAGCUGAAAAGUCCGAGGUGGCGUCAACAAGCUCUAGAUUUAGAUAGCGCCCCUCUCAACCUAUCCAUUUCCAUAGAACCAUAUUAGGAAGGCUUCAAGAUCCCUCAUUUAGAAACAUACGAUAGUUCUAGCGACCCAAAUGAACACUUGCAUACCAAUCAGGCCAUUAUGAAAAUCCAGAAUGCAAUUGAUGCUUUGAUGUGUAAAGUGUUCCCAACAACUUUAAAAUCAAUUGCUAGAAGAUGGUAUCACAAACU